AUGGCAUCUCUGCGACUUAUCCUGCUACUUGUUGUCUUCAUCGCCUUCGUCAAUUGCCUUCCGCCUACCCAGUGUCAUUCCUCGCUACGGCCGAAGACAUCGUACCCUGCGAAGGAAAGGCCUGGUGGGCUGUACAGGAGAUUCAGAGAUUCUAUCAUUGAGAAGAUAUGGAACAUACGUGGCAGGAAUGGAGAAGAGGAGUGUUACAACACAGAACUGGCUCCGCGCAUACCUGCUCGGUUCCAUAUACGUUAUGGGGACGAUGCGGUCCUGCGCUUCCAGAUCAGGACCGAAGACGAAGCGAAAGCUCUUUCCAAAGUCAUAAGGAUGUUGUACAUUGAUGUCUGGGAUGCCACAGACGACUGGGUCGACGUCAGGAUCCAAAAGGCGGUCUUGCCCUCCUUCAUCGGACUACUCCCAUCAUCUCUACACCACGCAUACAAACCUCUCAUUCACGACCUGCCACGAGCCGUCUACGACACUUACCCAAGCUCUCCUUACUCAUUGGAAACUCCUCUUCUUUCAAGCCUUACAGCUCUCAACCGCGGUCGAACACACGUUGGUACGCCGCAGGACCUCUUCUUCCAAGACUACCAGCCACUUUCGGUGAUUUACCCAUGGCUACGCCUGAUGGCUUCAAUGUAUCCCACUCAUGCGGAAUUGAUCAGCAUUGGUCAGUCACCGGAAGAACGAGACAUACCCGCAUUAAGGAUAGGCGCCAAAACACAGCCCGGCGACGAACACGACGUUCGACAUACUCUGCUGAUUGUCGGUGGCGCCCAUGCAAGAGAAUGGAUUGGAGUGUCCACUGUUGCAUACAUAGCGUACAAUCUGAUUACUCGCUAUGGCCAUCCCCAUUUCCCUGCAGUGACAAAGUUGCUGGACCACUUCGACCUGGUUUUUGUCCCUGUCCUCAACCCAGAUGGCUACGAAUACACAUGGACCACGGACAGAUUCUGGCGCAAGAAUAGACAGUCGACUCACCUGCCAUUCUGUCCCGGGAUCGACCUCGACCGCUCGUUCCGUUUCGAAUGGGAUGGCCAUGAUUUGGACAAUGCUUGCAGUGACGAUUACCCUGGACCAGCACCCUUGGCGGCCAAGGAAGCUCAGCUUCUGACUGACUGGGCGAGGGGUCAGAUGGAGGACCGCAAUGUCUCAUUUGUGUCGUAUCUGGACUUCCAUUCUUACUCACAAGAGAUCCUCUACCCCUACACCUAUACCUGCGACAUUGACCCACCGAACCUCGAGGAUCUCGAGGAAGUGGCACUUGGCUUAGCCAAGUCGUUCCGAUUGACGAACGGUCACUACUACGAUGUGGAGAGGGCAUGUUCAGGAAGCACCACUUACCGCGACAAAGUGGACAAGAUCCGUGUACAGGUUGAUCCACAGGGAGGCUCUGCUCUGGACUUUUUCUACCACGACCUCGACGUCAAGCUUGCGUUUCAAAUCAAGCUCCGCGAUACCGGCACUUAUGGCUUUUUGCUACCAAAGUCUCAAAUCGUGCCUACUGGAGAAGAAGCAUAUGAAGCUGUCAUGGCCCUCGGGCGAUGGCUGUUGGGUAAUCACGGCAUUGAAAGUCUUGAUCCCGAAACUGUCUGGGGCGUAGAGACUGAAGCUGCCACGACCAAGGAUGGACAGGACCAAUCCGAGAAUAAUGAGUAUGAGGACUAUGAAGAGGAUGACGAAUGGUGGCAAGAUCUCAGGAAGAGACGUCGGCGUCGUUGA